AUGCAACAGUCCAUUCAAAAACACAGUCGAAGCGCCGAUUGAGUCCAAACUGUUGCAUGCCGCGUUGCAAAUAAACUUUUCUGAAAUCGUUACGUACGACUUAUUAGACAGAAUCUUUACAACAGAUGUUAAUAUUUAUUAUUACUGCAUUAUGCGAGUCGGGACUAUAGGAUGUCGAUACAUAUAGCCUGAUACAGGCACAUUUUGAUUUAUGAAACGGCUGCGAUUUGCUGCACUCAUUUGCAAUAAAAGUUUCAAUUGUUUCGAUGUGUUGUUAUGCCGCUGGCACUGUUAUUCCAAUUAGCAACCGGGCGGACUAUUAGCCAUAAUUUCUGCCGAAUACUGGAGUCGCAGGAGUUGGCAGCCAUUGGCCAUGGCUCUGUCGAUAAAGGAUGGAUCGUCAUGUAAUGCUUUUUUCUGGAUUCUGAAUGGAUUUCUGGGAUUCGCUUUGGUAAAUAAUAUCGUUAAGCGCAUUCAGCCGGAAAGUGUCCGAGCCUCGGAAAAGACCUCAUGGCGAUGGUGCAACACGGCAACAUCGCUGGUACAUGGAACGGUUUCCGGGAUUUGGUGUUUGACGUGUGCAUGGCUGACACCGGAAAUAAUAGCCGAUCUGGUUCAACCGUACUCAAGUUUUUCGCAGGCAGCAGUUGCGGUCUCCGUUGGGUAUUUUGUGUACGAUUUCGUCGAUAUAGCCACACAUAAGCCAAACCGGAAAUCACUGGAAAUGAUGUUGCACCACGUUGUGGUGACCACUUGCUUGGGAAUAGCCGCUAUCCAGCACCACUACAUAGGAUUUGCCAUCAUCUCUUUAAUGGUGGAAGUGAACAGCAUGUUUCUUCAUUGGAGGCAGUUGUUCCUUCUCACGGGAGUGCCGAAAAUGUCCACCCAGUAUUCGGUUGUAAAAUAUUUGAACAUUGGCAGUUUCAUCAUGUUCCGGAUAUCGACGUUCGUCUACAUGCUGCUCUGGCAUUACAUUAAUUUCCAUAAAGUGACCAGUCUCUUCUGCUCUACGGUGGCGUGUACUGGAAUUGUUCUGGUUUUUAUCAUGAAUUUUGUGCUAUUAUACCGGAUCAUCCAGGCGGAUAUCUUUUACCGUCCUGUUCAACCUGCACCGAUUUGUGUAGCCGGAACGCAAUAACAGAUGCCAUCGGUACGUUAAGAACUUCUGACCGAAUGACGUGUUCCUUGCAUAUUCAGAUCGACCAAAUUUUGCCAGACAAUGGACAAGUCAAUGGACAAACCCGUCGUUUACUGUUGGUGUUUACAAUUUUACAGCAUGAAGAGCAUUUAGUUUGACGGUGGUUUGUGCUUGUCGGUAUUAUUGUUGUAUAAGAUUUUCUAGUUUUUAUCUGUACAGGAUUCUGGAAGUGAAAGUAUUAUUCUCUACGCAUCUUAUUUUUGUAAACAGAUAAGCGCUUUGAGCAGAUUCAAGUGCAAAUGAAUAUAAUAAAAGUGUA